UCAUCUGGCACGACAGCGGGCACCGAGUCACCAAGCUCGACAGCGGGCACCGAGUCACCUGGCACGUCAGCAGGCACUGAGUCAACUGGCACGACAGCGGGCACCGGGUCAUCUGGCACGACAGCAGGCACCGAGUCAUCUAGCCGGACCACGGGCACCGAGGCUCCAGGCCGGACCACGGGCACCAAGGCACCAGGCUGGACCACGGGCACCGAGGCACCAGGCUGGACCACGGGCACCAAGGCACCAGGCUGGAUCACGAACACCGGGUCAUCAGGCUGGAUCGGGUCAUCAGGCUGGAUCGGGUCAUCAAGCUGGAUCGGGCCAUCAGGCUGGGUAGCGGGCACCAGGUCAUCGGGCUGGAUCACGAACACCAGGUCAUCAGGCUGGAUC